AUGGGCGAGAAGUGGAGGAUUAGGGAAGAUCUUGACAAGGUGCUCAUCGUCAUCGAUAAUGUGUUGAAGGCUGCGAAGAACGUGGCGUCGUUCAUCCGUUCCCGGGAAGUACUGGACUAUGAAGGGUACCCUAUCAGUCUGCGGCGCUCCCUUAGCACUCAAGUUAAUCUCUGCUGUUUUCCUCCCUCUCCCUCCAGCUCUCUGUUGAGUCAGCUCCGCAGAUUACAGUCUGUGAUCAAAGAAACGUCAAACAAAGCAGCACAGACCAGUACCUGCAUCCUGAUUCUUACCUUCUCCCUGGUCCUGCUGGUGUUUCCCAGUUACAACCUGAUCCAAUUGGAGACUCCAGUCAACAAACACGGUUACAAACCCACUGGAGUCAUUUCCAGGACAAUCCUCACUGAGCUGGAAUCCUCCCAGAUAUCGGAAAUUCCUGACAACUUUCUCCCUGAUGCCUCAGGAUCCGUACACCUGCAGGAAGGAGCUGUCCCGUUUGCCAGCAACCUCACGACUGACUCCCAGGAGCAAGGGAACCCCUUGGCUCUGGUGGGGCAGAUGUCCCAGAGAGUUAGCCACCUCGAAGAUUCACAGCUGCAGAAAUCUGCCGGCAACUCUUCGUUUGGGAGGCAGGAGGACUCAUCUGACUCGGGUGCAGCAAUCCCAAGCUCGGGGCCACUCCAGCAAGAACCACGGACAGACAUGCCCCCAGCCUCGAGCUGGGAAUCAGGGAAUGCCCUCUCGGUUAAACCUGGGCACGCCGACGAGAUGUGAAAUGGGGCAUUGAGCACUUGCUCAGGACUGAGAGCUUCCUGUCCUACCCUUGUGGGCACUGAGUGACUGGGACGGUGCAGCUCUGAUCAUUGGUCACACCCUCUGCUGACUGUUGGACCCAUCAUCUCCAGCAGUUCCCUCACGAUGGGACAGAGCAGCAUCACGUUUGGGGCUCUGAUUGGGCACUGUACACCUCUUCUGUGGGUCUGGUGUUUCUCCGAGUUUUGUAAAUAGUUAUUCGGAAAUCCUCCUCAGCCCUGUCUGUGCAUGUCUCUCUCCCUCUGUAAUCUAAUCUCUACCUGAUCAUUCUUAAAUGCUGUUUGGACAAAAUAAAUGUUUUUAUUGAUAUUUGCAUACACA